UUUAAGAUCACAAAGCCACAUAUGACGACUUGCUAAUGUUCUUCGGUCGUGUUUGUUAUCUUUAAGCAUAAAGACUAAAGGGAACUAAAUGAAAAGCGGCUAAAUAUUUUCCCGUCGUGCUUAGCGGCUUCUGCCCUUGACAACAAAAAUGGCGUCGGCUACGAAGAUUAUUCAGAGAAUAAGAAAUUUCUUUUCUGGGCGGGAUCUACAGGCUAAACUUCAGUUACGGUACACUGAGAUUUCAAAAAGGACUCAGCCUCCACCCAGCCUUCCCGUGGGGCCCAGCCAUAAGUUUGCCUUUAAUUCCUACUGCCUACGGGAUGGGCGGCGGGAAUCGGCUCCUCCAACAAUUAUUUUGUCUCCCCAAAAGAAACUGGAGGCUGGCAGCCAAGAUUCAUCUGUGCCUGCCAAGCGUCCAGUGAUACCUGGACCUCCAUCGAAAGAACUGCAACUCUCUACAGACCAGCCGUAUCUCUGAGAGGGAUGAUAGACCUGUCUCUGCUCUGUUCUUACUGCAAUUCCCAUGUCCACUCCUGCUUGAGUGACCUGGAUAUCCACAGAUGGGCACUGUUACCAGUGGGAGUGACUGUAUAAACCUUUGGGCUUUACUGUGUUUAAGUCCUUAGCUGUCCUGUUCCUCGAUGCCCUGUACAAAGUGAAAUAUAUAAUCAAUAAAAUGUAUAAUCUAUAAAAAUUA